CUUAGUAAAAAGUAAAAACUAAACGCAAGAGUCAAGACGGCAAUUGAUAAUUUGACAUGUUUUGACAACAAACAUUUGUUAACAUUUUUGGGCGUUGAUAUUCUUUUGUUUCCAUUUGCAAAUAUUUAAAAUGGGAAAUUACUUCACAGUUAACAUGGAAGAGAACUUUAAAAAGAACCAAGAAUUCAUCCAGUCAAUAAAUAAAAUAAAGAUGGAACGACAAAUCCAGCUACAGUAUCAGAUGCAAGAACGACAAAUGGCCAUGCAGAUAGCUAAAAAUAGGGAUACUUGUUUGUGGUUCACUGCAUUUUACGUAACUUCUGCUACCGGACUUUUUACUGGUUUUAGAAGAACCAAAAGACCAUACUUGCUUAUGCCAUUAAUACCUCUUACAUUUGUAACUUUGUACUACUGGGAUCUAGCAUAUGGAAACAAAGUUCACAGGAUUCGGAUGGAAGCAGAACACAUAAUGACCCAUGAAGCAGACUCUUUAGAGUGGCCUUGUGGGCUGCCUACUCCAUCUUCCAUAGACCUUGGCAGGCUGGAUGAAGAAGAAAAGAAAAAAAUCCAUCCCCCACUGCUGCAGUAAAUGUGUUCAUUAAUCCAUUGGCCAGUUGACUAUAAAAUUGGAAUAUGUUAAAGUUAAACAAAACUAUAUAAAAAAUUGUUUUGAUAAAAAAUUGUUUUGGACAUUGGUUAGUAAUGCAUUGUUCAAGAGAUAUUAUUAAACAUCAUAUUAUAUUACAAUACAUUGCUUGGAAGGCAAUCAUAUCUAAGCGACAAUCAGUAAACUUUUGAAUAGAGAUUUAAAGUUAUGGUUUCCAUAAGAAAAUUCAUGAUAAUUACUCUGUUUACUUUAUGAAGAUAUGGUGUAACAUUAAAACUGUUUUAGAGCUACAAAAAUUAACAAUGAUUCAAAAAAAUCUGGUAAUUCAAGAUAUUUAUUUGAUUAAUUUUUGGUAUAUUUCUAGGUUAUAUAAUAUGUUGCCUAUCAAGCGUCGAAUACUUUUUGACUACAAUAUUCCCUCAAAAUAUAUUAAAUGUAAACUUGUUAAAAAUUAGAAAUCCUGAACAUUUGGAAGUUCUAUAGUCUGGGAAGGGUGAUUCUAAAAUACUCAAUAUGUUAUAAAUUGAUAUUUAAGGUAAAAUUUAUCUAUUUUUACAUAAGUCAACUGGCCAGUUAUUUGGCAUCGUGCCUUCGUAGUUCGGAAGGCUAAGGCCACAAAGUGACGACUUAUCUGUAUUUAAUAGUUUUUUUUUGUUUUGUCGCAAGAUUAUAAUAAGUUGCAAACCAUCUUAUGCUUACAUUGCUUAUAUCUGUUUCUCCCAGAGUAGAAAAUAUUGUAUCAAUAUUGGCAGAGUCAAAAAGUGCCUAGAAAAUUAUGGCUUGGAAUAAACCAUACAUACACCAAUCUGCUCUAAUUAACAAUAUUUUUUCUUGUAUAUUAAUUAAUACUGACAUGAUUCUCAAGAAAGUACGUAACAAGAUUAUAAUAAUUCUCGUAUUUUAGAGCAUAAUUUUUUGUAAGUUCCAUGGUGUUUUAUGUCAUAUGUAAGUGAAAAUGGGAUCAUGCGAUCCCUCAAACGAGUUUUAUAUUAUAGCAAGCGGGAAAAUUCUCGUCUCUGUGGUGCGAGAAUCUUCGUAACCUGGCUUAUUAGGCAGUACUUCAAAUGCCAUUUAUAUUUUAGAAAUAAAUACAGAUAAGUUGUAAGCCAAUACUAGAUCUCUAGAAAGAGCUAGAAAGUAGCAAGUCUAGAAUUUGCACAUCAACGAAGUAUUUUCGAAAUUACCUAGUAUAUAGAAAUUUUUAAAAAUUUCGAAUUAUUGUCAUGUUUGAUCCAGUGAUUAGUGUAAGGACAUCUUUUGAUUCCUAUUUAAUAGUAUUAUGACGCAUUUGCUGAAAUACGAAGCUUUACAAUAAUUAAUAAUAGCUUUAAGGAAAAUGCAAUUCCAUAGGUCAUUUAUUUUCGAAUUUCGAACUUCCUCAGUACAAUUCCAUACAGUUGAUUUCUUAGUGAUUUAAGUAGAUGCGUUUUAUUUUUGAUGUUACAUUUUACAAGUGGUUAAGUUAUUAAAAUGUAUAUAUCUUACUUCCAGUUUUAAAUAACUAAUAAAUAAAACAUGUUUAAUGCUCCUUAGGCCAAUACUAAUUUUAGUUAUGACAAUCAUAAUUUUUAUUGUACUUAUAUUUUUAGUUUAAGGAUAAGCACACGACUCUUUUAUAUAUGUUUGUUCCACAGAUAUUUAUUUUAUUUUACAUAGAAUUUUAGGUCUGUUGUUAUCAAUUUUUGUUACGAUUUUUUUAACUGUUUAAUUUUUUUACUUUUUGUGAUUUUUUUUACUAUACACGAAUUCCAAAAAAUCUUUGUAACUAAACUAAUAUCGUCGAAUGCUAACUUAAUAAUGUAUUUUCUAGUUAAAAUUGUAUUUGAUAUUACAAAGUGUGAUUAAUGCUUCAAUUCUUGUUAAAUCGUUAAUAAAUGUAAGAAGUUUAGUUA